AUGACAUCUGUCGACCAAUCUUUUCAGAAAACAUACACAACUAAUAAGAAGCCUUCUUCAAACCCAGAACCCCUUAUUGCUACUAAUCUUCCUUCAUCCAACACUUUCACCAUAUCUUUUGGAGAUCUAAAAUCUAAAAAUAAGAUCUUCCAGAUUAAAGAUUCACUUGGGUAUGAAUCUGCUAGUGCUACAAAGAUUCCAACGAUUGCCAGGAAUAUGAUUCAGGCACAAGAUCAUAUGGAUAAGGCAUCUGUGCUAGAAGAUGCAUCCAAUUACAUAAAAGAACUUCAAGGUCGUGUGAAGAAAUUGGAGGGAUUAUCAAGCCCUAAGAGAAAGAAUUUUCAAUCAUCUGUUAUAUCCAUGAAAAGAUCUAAGCUUAGUACUAGUGAUGAUGAAUACUACUCAACUGAUGACACGAAUUCCUGUGAUAGUACUAAUCCUUUCAAAUUAUCUCCUGAGAUUGAAGUUCGGAUGUCAGGAAGCAGUGUUCUUGUAAAAAUUGAGUGCGAAAAAAACAUCUCUUCGUUUGUGAAAGCAUUAAACCAGAUGCAGAAGCUUGGAUUGACGACCAUUAGUAGCAGUGCCAUGCCGUUUUCUAAGACAAGACUUCUAAUCAAUAUUGUAUCUCAGAUUGAGGAUGGAUUUUGCAUAACGCCAACAGACCUUGUAAAGCAACUGCAACUAGCUAUAUGAACACUGAUGAAAUGCAAUUAAAAGUUAUAAACUUGGGUGUAGUUGUGAUGGUUAAUUACUCGGUUUCCUGGUUUCCAUUUAUAGUUCAGAAGGAGGUAGCUUUAUGCGAGACCUUUCAUCCCCAUUGUUGGGUUUUUCGAGUAUUAUUUCUGAAGAAUUAAUAGCAGCCGUACCUUGAAAUGUAUGACAGUUUUUCGUGGAUUAUUUCCUCUUGUUGAUAGGUAGAAGGUAGGUUUCGUGAGUUUCACAAUGGGUUUUUGUUAUCUUUUUUCGUGGUUUGUGUACCACGUUCAUUAAUUUACCCUUGUGAUUAUAUGCAUGUGAAACCACCAGCUAUUUUUCCUUUCUUUUA